CUGGCAUCUGUUAUACACCUGAAGCCACACUGGAGACUCCAGAAGAAAGAGCACCCUCUCAAAGUCAGCCGGGACACACUAAGAACGCCUACGAGCCACCAAAACACUGUCCAUGAUGAAAAGGGCAAAGCUAACUACAUGAAACCACCUGUCUUCCCUUCAGCCUCCUUUGUCAAAACAGCAUCUAGAAAACCUUUUGGGAUCCUUUCUCCAAAUGUUCUAUGCAGUAUGAGUGGGAAGAACCCUGUGGAGAACAGCUUGAAUGUUAAAGUCAAAAAGAAUGUGCUGCCUGCAACAGUGCACCAGAGUGAGGAAGAAGGACUGCCUGGGAGCUGGGGUAUUGUCAAGCCUGGAAAUACAAAGGAGAAAAUUGCAUUCUUUGCAGCCCACCAGUGUAGCAAUAGGAUAGGAUCUAUGAAAAUAAAAAGUUCCUGGGAUAUUGAUGGGAGCGCUACUAAAAGAAGGAAAAAAUCAGGGGAUCUUAAGAAAGCCAAGGUACAGUUAGAAAUGAUUAGAGAGAUCAACAGCCAGUGCUACCAGCCGGAGCCAUUUACAUGUGGCAUUGAGCACUGUUCUGUGCAUUAUGUGAGUGACAGUGGGGACAGUGUCUGUAGUGGGAAGCUUCUGUCAGUGAUACAGAUGGUUGCCUUUCUUGAGCAGAGAGCCACUGCUCUCCUAGCUAUCUGUGUGAAAAACUGCACAAAUCCACCUGCCAUUGUGAAGAUUUCUGGCCAGUCCCGAGGUGUGCCACCUGCACCAGAGCCCUUCUCUGAUCCAGGAACUUGUGAAGAACCCACGGAAAGAGAAAAUCCUGAGUCUGGCAGAUCACAGAGUGAACCAGUCCGAGUCCUUGACAUGGUAGCCAGGUUGGAGUCUGAGUGCCUAAAGCAUCAGGGCCAGCGAGAACCUGGGAGCUUGUCACGGAAUAACAGUUUCCGGCGAAGUGUGGGCAGGGUGUUGCUCACGAAUGGCUCUCAGGCCAGUGACAAAAGUGAAAAGGGGUCUGCAGACACACCCAGUACCCAGGUGCACCCCACACAGUCGGUGUCUGAGGGAGCAGGACCGUCAGAAACUGACCGUUCUGCAGGGGACCAGGCCUGGGAUAGUACCUCUCAAACCUGUUCCUCAUUGCCAGUAGGCAUGAGCUUCCACAAGGACAGCACAGAAUUAGAGCCAAGUCAGCAGACAACUGUGGAGAACUCCAACCGGAACGACAUAGAAAUGACAGAUGAAUUUGAGAGAUUGCCCUUUUCUCCUCAUACCUGUCUCCAAGCCACCAAAUUGCCCACAGAUGCUAUCAGUUGUAUGAGUAAAGAGUGUGUAGCGCUCCCAAAGCACCAUGCUGAUCAGAGAAAAGAACCUUUGUCUAUCAGCAUUGCCGUGUGCACGGUGGAGAGGGAGCAGCCUUCUGCUAGAGACUCCCUUGAAGAGCCUCUUCCUGGCAUGUUGUUUUGGCUGUCACCUGGACGGGACCAGCAAGAGUGCUCCCAGCUGAAUGAACACACAGCACAAGAGGCUUCAGAGGCCAGUAAGCCACAAGAUGCUGCUGAGGGCAACAGCGCAUGUGAGGAGAAAGAUGGUUCUGUGGAGCCACUCAUCCCAGCAGCCCCCGGGGGGGAAAGUACAUUACCGGUGCUUGAGGUGUCCAGCUGGAAGAAGCCCGUGUCUCAGCAUUUCCUGGAGACAAGGUUUAAAAUCCAGCAGCUCCUGGAGCCUCAGCAGUACAUGAUAUGCCUGCCUCACCACAUCAUGGUGAAAAUCUUCAGGUUACUCCCCACCCUGAGUUUAGCGAUUCUUAAAUGUACCUGCCGCUACUUUAAGUCCCUCAUUGAAUACUACAACAUCAGGCCAGCAGAUUCUCGGGGGGUCCAAGAUCCUCGCUAUAGAGAAGACCCUUGCAAGCAAUGCAAGAAAAAGUAUGUGAAAGGGGAUGUGUCCCUGUGUCGGUGGCAUCCCAAACCCUAUUGCCAGGCAUUGCCAUAUGGGCCUGGGUACUGGAUGUGCUGCCACCAGUCUCAGAAGGGCUUUCCCAGCUGUAAGCUAGGCCUUCAUGACAAUCACUGGUUACCUGCCUAUCACAGCUUUGACCGGACGAUCCAUAAGAAAGCAAGAGGGAGCGAGACGGAAGAGGAGUACUGA